GCUUAGCGUGAUUGAAGUCAUUUCAGUAUACAGGUAGCCUGCAAGAAGGCCCAGUAUUCUGAGGAAGAAAGAUAUAUUAACUAUAUUCUGUGAUGAAUUCUGACAAGUUAUACGGUUCCAGAAAAAACAAUGCAUUAUCCAAAUGUGUACGUCCUUCUUUUGAUUUUAGGGCUGGCAUUGCUCCUACAACGUGCUGGGUCAUGGAUUUUACGUCUGCCAUGCAAAGAAGAGGGAGUGUUUGACGUUGCAUCUCCAGGCUACGCACUUUAUAAUCGAUUGCUUUCAACAUUGACCGCUUCAAGUUUAGAAGAUUGUUUUGAAAAUUGCAGAAUUACUAAAAGAUGUAAGUCUGUAAAUUUCAAAGAAUCUGGUGAAGGUAACUGCGAGCUGAAUACUCAAACAAAAGGGAAUGGUAACCUGGUAGAUUUCAAGACCAAAGAUAGCUGGACCUAUUAUGCUACAAAUUACAACAAGAAAAAUAUUGGCUCUUACUGCGAGUUAUUCAAGCCUUGCAGGCAGUCAGAGUACUGCAUUGACACGUGCUCGUGCCCAGGCUUUAGGUGCUCCGAUUGCAGCGAUAAAUACAAACUGAAUGAUGAAUUGCAAUGCGUUGUGAAUAUAGCAUUAAACAAGCCAGCGUUACUAUCGACACAAUAUGAUCAGUACACACCCGCAACCAACGCAGUUGAUGGUAGCUUAGAAGCGGUGCACAGAACCUGUGCCAUUACAAAACAUCAGAGUUUUCCUCCAUGGUUUCGUGUUGAUCUUCAACAGACACUUCCUGUUCGAUCAGUUGCUUUGCAAAACAGGAGGGACUGCUGCUGGCAUCGGAUGAACCCUUUUGAUGUUCGCGUCGGCAUGAGUCUGGAGAAUGAUGGUAGAGUGAAUCCUAAAUGUGUUGAUGGGGCCAGUUUUAUCCACGGAAACCAAUACCUCAGUUUGGAAUGUCCUUCGAUAAUGUACGGCCGUUAUGUCAUUGUGUUGGCUGAGUCUUCAACGAUAAUAGAGCUUUGCGAGCUAGAGGUUUAUUCAUAAGAACAAAUUUGUUUGUAUUAUGUAGACACUAACAAACGAUUGUAAUUCGAUUACAAAUUUUGCACAUAUGGUGUGGUGUGGCGGAUGCUUUCGGUGCCUAUCUGAAAAAGAUAGGGGUUAUGGUAAUUGAAUUCUUAACGACACACAAGACUCAGAAUUCAUGUAAUGUUAUAUAUCUAUUUAAAAAAAGGAUCAUACUAUCAGACCUGACCGUAAUUUAUUUAAAGCAUUUUAAAAUUUAGCCUAUUAAAUAUUUAGAUUAUUGUCUUUUGUAAUGCAGCCAGGUAUAAAAUGAUGGUUUAGUUGUAUUUUUCAAAGGGUAAGAUGGACGCCCAUAAUCCUAUGCAUCUAUAAGAUCAUUCAAUUGAAAAAUGUCUGAGUUAAACAGUAACAAUUCUUCUAAAAAUAAUACAAUACACAACCAGACACAUCCUGACUUUCCCUUUUGCUACCCAAGCAAUCUUAGAUACCUUAUUACAAGAAUUUAUUUUCUAUAACACUUAUUUCUUUUUUAAAAACUCUUAACAUGUCAAAUAUUCUUAAAAAUAAUUAUGCAAAUGUUUAAAAUUCUUAAAUAUCAUAAAGAACAAAUAUUUUUAAUGUGACGUUUUACUUUAUAUCUUGUCAGAAAAGUUGCCAUCUUAGCUUCUGUAUCCCAGUUUUUCCAAAGUUUCGAAUUUCUAAACAAAAUGACUUCCCCCUAUUGAAUGGAAUUUUCUUUGGCGGCUUAGCACAGUGUUUCUUUAGUUGAAAUUACGAAGCAAUAUUACGUUGAAAGUUUGAUAGUAGCUCAAAAUUAUUCAAUUCACCUUAAUUUCAUAGUUAAUUUGUAUCGUUAGCUGAACGAUUAAAGCUUCAACAUUAAUAAGACCAUUUAUGAAUUAUGCUGCUUUUCUGCAAAAACUUUUGGCUUUGAUUAGUUCAACUAUGCUGUAAUUAUGUUGCAAAGUACAUAAAAAGCGUUUUAUAUUCAAUCUAUUCUGUGAUUCAAUUGACAAGUUGAAAGUGAAUAGGCUGCUACGAAGGGUCAUUUUAUUGAAGAUUCCAUUUCUUAGUUUUUUAGUAAUAAUCUACCUAGUUCAACAUCAUUACUCUCCUUCUAUUUACUUGCUGAUGGUGCAAACAUUUACUCUGAAACUCAAAGUCUUAAAAAGUUAAAAAUGGCUAACUGUCAACAAGUUGGCACUAACCAUUGACAAAACUAAUUUAAUGACAUUUGCAACAUUCAUUCUCAGAAACUGUAAACAUCACAAUAGGAAAGGAACUGAUAAAGGCCCUAGGCCCUAUUCGCACUGCAAAUAUGAUAAUGUUUGUCAAA